CGCUGGCAUGAAGGAGGAGGAAGCCGAGAGAGGAGGAGGAGGAGAGCACUUGAUCAUUGUGAUGGUGGCAGGAGGAGCAAUAACAGCACAGGCAGCGGCAGCAGCAGCAUUAGGCAGCCGUGCUCUAUCAGCUCCUGCUCCAGCCUGCACUGCUCUACUUUCUGGCUAUUGAGCUGUGUGUUCUCCCCCCUGCCUCUCCCUCCUCCUUGUCUCUCCCUCAGGAUUUAUGACUUAUGUAGAAAGAGAUAUAUUCAUUUUAUUGGUUCAAUCUCUGGUUGAUUUUUUUCCCUUCUUUUUGCACUGCGUUUAAUAUGCAGGAGAUCCACAAAAAAGUACUUUGGACGCUUUGCCGCACACACGAGUAAACUUUUGUGCUGUGUCCGGUGGGUGCUGAGAGGAGGAGUGUGCAUGUGUGUGAGUGUGCUGCACGCCUGUGUGUGCUGUGACAGUGUGUGUGCUGGUGGUCACCCAAUGCCUGGACCUUCUGCUCCUGUCUGGGAACAGCACGGAUUACAGACAGAAGAGGAGUGCUGACCUCCAGGGCUCUCCACAACUCCUGCCUGGCUUCUCCAUACUUUCUUCUUCUUCUGCCCCUUGUUGUUGUAUGUGUGAUCCUAUGAGAGCUGCCCUCACCUCUCCUCCCUGGGGGCUGUGCACUGACCUGGUGUCAUCCAUGCUGGCACUGCACCCCAACCUCGCUCCUCCUGAUCCCUUAUAACAAGCCCACCUGGAGGAAGCCCCCCAUCCCUCCCAACUCCAGGGGGACAAGUCUGGGGGCACUGCAAACUUCUCUUCCAAAAUAGUGUGCACGGGGACUGGCAUGGGGGAUUUCGCAGCCCCCGCUGCCUCUACCAACGGCAGCAGUCUGUGCAUCGGUGGCGCUGGCAUUGGGGUUGGUAGUCACAGUGGUAAUAAUACCCCUCCCAGCGCUGCUGCCCCCAAUGCACCGAACAAUAGCAGCAGCGUGAGCAUUCCAAAGCACAGCACCGUGGUGGAGAGGCUCCGGCAGAGGAUAGAGGGCUGCAGGAGGCACCAUGUCAGCUGCGAGAGCAGGUACCAGCAAGCCCAGGCUGAGCAACUGGAAAUGGAGAGAAGGGACACGGUGAAUCUCUAUCAGAGGACACUGGAGCAAAGAGCCAAGAAGUCAGGCACCAGCCAGGGGGCACCUCCUGCCACAGGUUCUGCUACUGGUGGCGGAGGAACUGGUGCCAACAAGCAGCCACCCCACCAUCACCAUCAUCAUCCUCCUCCACAGCAGGGCAAGCAGGAUGCAGAGACAGCACCGGUCAGCGGCACAGCCGAGCACAGGAACCACACUCUGAUCAUGCUUCAAGAGGCUGUGCAGAAGAAGUUGGAAGGUGCCCGUUCACCACUUAAUGGAGAGCAGCAGAAUGGCAUCUGUGAUGGGAGGUUUUCACCCUCUGCUAAACGGCGAAGGAAAGAGAUGCCAGGCAUGGAUGCACUUAAUAAUUUGUCAAGUAUACCACUGCCUUCUGUAUCCCCUCUUCACCAGCUUGAUAUGAAGCCACAUCUACCUGUUACAAAUAACGUAACACAUGCAGGAGGAUUAGAAGACAUAAAUAAGAAUGGAGGCCAGCAGGAUGUAAAGCUAGCAGUAAAUGGUUCUAAUCCUAGUGAACUGGAGGAAAGUUUCAAUAUCCUCAAUAAGGAAAUGAAGCAAGAACCCCUAGAUGAUGUUUCAGUCAUCGACACAUCUGAUACUUCCCUCUCCAACCAAAAUAAACUUUUUUCUGACAUAAAUCUGAAUGAUCAAGAAUGGCAGGAAUUGAUUGACGAGCUUGCUAAUACUGUUCCUGAAGAUGACAUACAGGACUUGUUUAAUGAAGACUUUGAGGAUAAGAAGGAGUUAGACUUUUCCAGACCUACAGCUCAAACACCCCUUACUCAAGAAAGUGCCAGUGUAAAGAGUGAUCCAUCCCACUCUCCAUUUCCUCAUGUCUCUAUGGGCUCUCCGCAAGUUCGUCCGUCCUCCUCUGGUCCUUCUUUUUCUAAUGUAUCAUCUGUUUCCAGCAUCCCAUCAGUUUCCAGUGCUCCAUCUACAUUAAUGCUAGCUGGAUCACCAUCAAGUUGUGUUGUCCAAUCUCCACAGACUCCUAAUCCACCUCACACACCUGGUCAGACCUCAACAAGACCUGGCAAUGGAUAUGUCAUGACUCCAACUUCAAGUUCUGGAAGUGGUUCUGUGAACCUCCCAAGUGCUGACUUGUCUCCAGCUGAGCAGUUGAAACAAAUGGCAGCUCAACAACAGCAACGAGCAAAAAUCAUACAACAAAAGCAACAACACCAACAACAGCAGCAACAACCACCACCACCACCACCACAUAUAAACCAGCCUUCAAGUUGGUCACCUGUGGGACCUCCAUCUAGCCCAUACGGUGGAGCCUUUGGUACUGAAAAGCCAAAUAGUCCGAUGAUGUAUCCCCAAGCUUUCAACAACCAAAAUUCUAUUGUACCUCCAAUGGCAAAUAAUCCCCCCAAAACCACAAUGAACAACUACCUCCCUCAAAGCCACAUGAACAUGAUAAACCAGCAGACAAGCAAUUUGAAUUCAAGCUCAAUCAGUAAAACUCAAAACAUGCUCAAUUACGGUAAUACUAAACCGCUUUCACACUUUAGUACGGAUAUGAAUCAAAGAAUGACUCCUCCAAUUGCCAACCAAAACAAGAAUGCUAUGUUACCAUACAUGCAACAGCAGCAGCAACCUCCAAUGCCGCCUCAGAUAAGUCAUUUAAGUGAGGAACAGAAGCGGAUAAUUAUAAUGAAGCAGAAAGGACUUAUGAAUCAACAGAUGGCUUAUGGAUCUCUUCCAGGUCAUGGCCAGGAUCAGAAUACGGUUGGUAUGUCAAGACCUGCCGGACCCAUGCAACAGUCUGUGCCUGGAGCAGGUGGGAACCCAGGGGCUCCGGGCUUCAUGCCUAGUCAGCCUCAAGCUGCAAUGAUGAAGCAGAUGCUUAUAGAGCAACGGGCUCAGCUACAUGCUAUGGAGCAACAAAAGCAGCAGUUUCUCAGGGAGCAGAGACAGCAACAACAGCAGAUCCUAGCUGAGCAGCAGUUACAACAACCGCACAUGAACAGACAGCAUCUCCAGCAGCAGAGGAAUCCUUAUGGAGUCCAGCAAGUCAAUCCUUUUCAAGGUUCUCCACAGGAUAUUGCAGUUGCAAGAAACCAAGCGGCGCUUCAGAAUAUGCGAGCAUCCCGAAUGAUGGCACAGAAUACCGGUAUGCUCUCUAUGGGUCCAUCACAAAAUCCAGGCACAAUGCCUACAGGACCUUUGCAGCCAGAAAUGGGUAUGGCUCCAUACAGCAACACAUCAUCGGGACAGCCAGGCAUGUACAGCAUAAACACAGGACUAAACCAAAUGAUGCAGCACCCAAACCAAAACAGCAUAAACAUGGCCCACAGUGCUGUGCAAGGCCCACGGCAACCGAAUUCUGGUCAAGCCAUGGGAAUGGUUGGUGGAUUUAGUCAGAAUAUGCUUGUAAACUCUGUGAUGCCUCAACAACAUCAGCAAAUGAAAGGGCCUGUAGGUCAACCAAUGACCAGAGUACAGGCCCCUAGACUGCAAAACAUGAUGACAUCCAUACCCCAGGGUGCUCCAAACUGGCCCCAACGUGGAUUACAAGGAAUGAGAACUAGUGGGGAAAUGGGGGCUUACAACAAUGGGUCAGGUUAUCCAUUGCAAUCUGGGCAGUCAAGAAUAAGCAAACAACAUUUUCAGCAAGGACUCGGUCAAAGUGUUGUUGAUAGUACGGGAACAGUAAGAGCCCUAAACCCAGCAAUGAGUAGGCAAAUGAUGCAGACAUUGCCUGGACAGCAAGGUGCUGGUCAACCCAGACAGAUGUUACCUGGCAUGAACCCUGGUGUGCCCAGUAUGGCCAGUUUUAAUCAGGCUCAAACACAGCAAUUACCUGGUGGAACCUUUCCUCAGACUAACCAGAACCAGGGUUAUGACAGGAAUCCUGGUCAGGACAUGUCAUACGGUUAUACUGAUGCAAGCGCUGGUCCCUUUUCAGGUCUAGCAGAUGGUACAGACUUAGUAGACUCCAUUAUGGGCAGAGGACCUGGAGAUGAAUGGAUGCAAGAACUUGACGAAUUGUUUGGAAAUCAGUCUUAACAAUAAAAUGAAAGAAUUGUGCUGGGCUAAAUGGAAAAUGACAGUACGCCUGUCCAUGUCUGUUCUGUAUAGAGGAGCUCAACUGCAGGCAGUUACAGAAUGUUGGGUAGUAAGGUCCCUUUUGAGGUGACGGCAGCAUCGCAUGUUUUAAAAUGAGGGUUCAGAAGAGGAGGUUGCUUGUCUCUCAGUCUGUAGCCUCAGAAAGUAGAUGUUGACUAGAGCUGAAAGUGUUUGGUCAGCUCUACUGUAAAAGUUCAUUAUCGGCGUCAUGGCUUCACGAGCCAAAAGACAAAAGGGGCAAAAGAUCUGCAGAAUGAUACAAGAAAUUGAAAUAUGUUUAUAUCAAGCGAGAAAAGAUGCUUCGAUAUGGAGUAAAAUAAUUUAUUUGAUGUUGCUGAUACUUUUGGCUAACAGGCUUAGCCAUCAACCAUAAUGUUUUAAACAAAGAAUGGGGAGGAAGCUGUUACAAGUGUCACAGCGGUACUUCUGGAAACACGACAAGGUAGAUUCAAAUAUGGCUUACCCUUACAUUAAUGAAAGGAUCACUAUAAAUAAAGUCUAAGUAAAUUAUAGCGAUAACUACAAUGCAUUGAUUGCACAAGAUUUUAAGCAAAUGGUCAUUGCUAUAUGAAAUGGAAGCUAUAUGUAUGGUAUUUAAAAAAGAAAGACUAACAGCUAGAUCAUAUUUUGGAUACAAGUAAGAAACAGCCAUACCUUUAUA